AUGCGGGCACGCGGAAACUGCGGCGGAGGAGCAUGGGUGCUCUGGCUCCUGGCGGAAAGCGGGCUCUUUCUCCUCUUGGUGCACCACGCGGGCGCAACGGCACAUCUUCCGCUCGGCGUUCCGCCGGGCGGAGAAGGCGACAGCGAUCUGCGAAGACUGGUGGCGGAACGCGAGGGGGAGACGGUCGGGCGAGUGGAGGAGAUGGAAACGGAACUCGUGGGGGGAGCAAAAGUUGCGGGGGAGAGAGCCUCUCUCCGGCGGGUCGCGGGGGGAGGUCGCGGCGAGGAAAUGGAAACAAUAGUUGGAGUGGGAGGAGAAGGGAAGGGAAACUUUUCCACCGGAGAGAUUCGGCAAGAGUGGGGCUAUGACAUAUCCUACGAGCGCAAGCAGCAGCAGCUCAAGACGCUCAACGCGCAGGGCCGCUGCAGCGCUCUCCCCAAGUGGCUUUUCCGCAGGUGGCUCUGGGAGAGCGCCUUCCAGGAAGGCGCCCUUGCGUGGGUGCCACAGCCUGGAAAGUACAUUCUCAUGGAUUGCCAGCAUAACCAGGUGAGCAACCGCAUAGCGUGCAUCCGACGGCAUCUGCUCCUGGCAGGUGCCUUGAACCGCACGCUCGUGGUGCCCUUAAACACCGACGAAGUCGCCCACUCCUACGACCGCCGCACCUUCCUGCACCUGCCGCACCUGCACCGCUGCUAUGGGCCCCGCUCUACCAUCCCGCUACAGCAGCUUCGGGAGGAGGUUCGGGGAAGUGCGAACAGGGGCGGACGAAGCGCAGAAGAGAGGCAAGGAGAGGAGGGCAGUAAGGUGGAAGGUGUGGUGAUGGUGCAACAGGUGGUGUGUCCAUACAAGGCUUGUAACACGCAGCCAUGGGGAAACGAUUUUUAUUUGCUUCCGGAACUAGAGGGUGUGGUAUACCAUAACACGACAUGGACUGCUCUCAACAUGCCUCUUUCCCACCUAUUCACCGUCUCGGAUCUCCGUUCUCUGGGAAGAGUCCUCCUGCCGUCUGCUGACGUCGUUAUGUUUGGGGACUUCCACCCGUGGAGGCUCGGGGACAACCUCGGCAAGGACGUGGGUCUGCCGUUUGAGGGUAGUGGUGGUGGAUCAAAGAGUCUUGUGUGUGCGAAUCGGCUUGCAGUGCAGCCGCACCCAGCAGUGCUGGAAGCAGCCUUGGGAUUCGUGCAGCAGGUCAUCUGGAAACCGCCAAGCACCUCCUCUUCCUUUUUCUCUUCCACUGUUUCUUCCUCUUCCUCCUCUUCCACCUCCUUCUCGUCUUCGCCUUCCUCCUCUUCCUCCACUGCCUUUUCGCCUGACGACGCACUGAAGGAGGGCAUCACAGCAGCAGCCGAUGCCACCCCAAUGCUUUUCACCGCUGCUGUCGCUGCAGCGGGGCUCGCCAAGCAAAGUGCAACAGAGGCCGGUGCAGCCCAGCAGCAGGGUGCUGCGACCAGCAGGAAGAAUACUGGGAGGGAGCAAAGGCAGCCGCAGCAGUACUUGGCUGUGCACUGGAGGCGGGGGGAUCUGCUGAGUUUCUAUCCACAGCUUCGGGAGUUUCUUACAGUGGAAAACUCGGGAAGAUGCAUUGCGGAGAGGAUGGCACAGUUGGGAAAUAUUUCCGUGGUGUUCCUUGCGUCAAAUGCUGACAAGCAGGAGGUAGGGCAGCUGAAACGGGUUAUUUGGGGCCAUCUGCCAGGGGUGGAGAUUGUGCAACUGCCGGAGGAGCUGACAGGGCAGCCUUGGGCGAAGGUGCUUGAACCAUUUCGGUUUCAGAACCAAGCGUUGCUCAAGGUCUUCCUUGACAAGGCAGUCUGUGCGUUGGCCGAUGUUUUUCUGGGAACAGUAAAGUCCUCGUUCUCGGUUGAUAUUCAGAGGCUGAGAACAGGUUUUAAAAUAUCUACUUGUCAGGACGAAUACGUAUGUGCAAAAAUGGUGGAGAAGAUGGCAUGA